AUGGCUACCGACAAGGGACUCGAGGAUGUUCCCGAGGGACAGAUCGAGUCAAACUACGAUGAGACCGUGGACUCGUUCGACGACAUGAACCUCAAGGCCGACCUCCUGCGUGGUGUCUAUGCCUACGGUUUCGAGCGCCCGUCUGCUAUCCAGCAGCGCGCCAUCAUGCCCGUCAUCAAGGGCCACGAUGUCAUUGCCCAGGCCCAGUCGGGUACCGGCAAGACGGCCACCUUCUCCAUCUCGGUUCUGCAGAAGAUCGACCCCAACAUCAAGCAGUGCCAGGCCCUGAUCCUCGCCCCCACCUGCCACGCCUGCAUCGGCGGCACCAGCGUCCGCGACGACAUGAAGGCCCUGCAGGACGGCCCCCAGGUCGUCGUCGGCACCCCCGGCCGCGUCCACGACAUGAUUCAGCGCCGCUUCCUCAAGACCGACGCCAUGAAGAUGUUCGUCCUCGACGAGGCCGACGAGAUGCUGUCUCGCGGCUUCACCGAGCAGAUCUACGACAUCUUCCAGCUGCUGCCCCAGUCCACCCAGGUCGUGCUGCUGUCCGCCACCAUGCCCCAGGACGUCCUGGAGGUCACCACCAAGUUCAUGCGCGACCCCGUCCGCAUCCUGGUCAAGAAGGACGAGCUGACCCUGGAGGGUAUCAAGCAGUUCUACAUUGCCGUCGAGAAGGAGGAGUGGAAGCUCGACACCCUCUCGGAUCUGUACGAGACCGUCACCAUCACCCAGGCCGUCAUCUUCUGCAACACCCGCAGAAAGGUCGACUGGCUCACCGACAAGCUGACCGCCCGCGACUUCACCGUCUCGGCCAUGCACGGCGACAUGGACCAGGCCCAGCGCGACCUGAUCAUGAAGGAGUUCCGCUCGGGCUCGUCCCGUGUCCUGAUUGCCACGGAUCUGCUGGCCCGUGGUAUCGAUGUCCAGCAGGUGUCGCUGGUCAUCAACUACGAUCUGCCCGCCAACCGUGAGAACUACAUCCACCGCAUCGGCCGUGGUGGUCGUUUCGGUCGCAAGGGUGUUGCCAUCAACUUUGUCACCGCCGAGGACGUCCGCAUGAUGCGCGAGAUCGAGCAGUUCUACAGCACCCAGAUUGAGGAGAUGCCGAUGAACGUGGCCGACCUGAUCUAA